ACAUAAAUUUUCCAACAAUGGGGGCGUUACAUGUUGACUGAUAAAAAAAAAACGCCCUGAAUUUAUUUUAUAAACUACGCGGACAUCUUUCCGGCCAGUACAGCUCCAGCAGUGCGCGCAGAAACAAGAAUCACCUUAAACUGCCGCGAUUAAAGUGAAAAAUAUUAAAAGUGUUUAAAUGCAGGAUAUUCCUGUGUAUUGAGAGACUAUGCCGCCCAACAGGAUAUCAACAUUCUGUCGCACCUCACUGCUACUACAAAUAAUAUUAUUAAUUAUUUAUUUGGAAGAUCCAGCCGAUGGAUUCGUUAAUUCCCCCAAAAUUAUAACCAAAGAUGGCAAUCUUAUAGUGGAAUCUGGACUUAAUCGCAAUAUCACAUUUCGCUUGGAUGGCACUUCGCGCAUUAAUAUCAAUGACGAAUAUGAUUUGUUGGAUUUACUGUUGUUGAGCGGCAAAUACAAUCGCUCCUCACCAAUGCACCAGGAUGUCUUUGAAGCGGACAAUUUGGCGCAACUCUCCAAUGAGUUGAAUACACUGCGUACAUAUGUCUUCGGUGCGGACGGUUUGGACAAACGUUUGUACACAAUGUUGAAUAGAACUCGUUCCAACAAUCAGUCGCUACGUCGUUUUCAAACCCGUUUGCAACGUGUCGAACGAAAAGUGCAGAAUUUGUGGGAUCGCCUCGAAUUGGAUAGUUGUAAGAGUAAUCCUUGCGAGAAUGGUGGUACCUGCAUAAAUAUUUUCAGUGGAUUCAUUUGUAAAUGCCCGAAAAAUUUCGAGGGUGCCACUUGCCAGAACGACGUCAACGAAUGCGCCCUAUACGCCGGCACCGAUUUGGGUUGUCAAAAUGGCGGUCAGUGUGUCAACCAACAUGGCGGCUACAAUUGUAUAUGCAGCGCUGGUUGGUACGGCAUACACUGCACACAACGCAAAGGUGACUGCAUGCAGUCAUCCACUUGGGAGCUUUGCGCGCACGGCACCUGCGUGAAUAGCAAUGACGAUUUUGGCUACAAGUGCAUCUGCGAUGUGGGUUGGAAAACAAAUGGCCUAACACCCGCUUGCACUGUGGACGUGGAUGAAUGCAAUGAAUCACACCCGCCAUGCGCCACGAAAUGCAUAAACUUGCCAGGCUCGUUUACAUGCGCACCGUGCACUGCUGGCUUAACCGGCAAUGGUGUCAAUUGUCGGGAUAUCGAUGAAUGCGCAUUGCAAAAUGGUGGAUGCAGUUUGAGUCCGCGCGUGGUGUGCAUAAAUACCUAUGGCUCAUACCAUUGUGGUGAUUGUCCACUCGGCUGGAUUGGUGACGGGCGUAGCUGUGAGCGACGUGGUGGCACUAUAAAUACGAAUGGCGCCACUGCUACCAGUUGUGCGCUCAAUAAUUACUGUCAUCCGCUGGCCAAAUGUACCGAAGUCUCCAAUACAGCAGUGUGCUCUUGUCCAACUGGAAUGGUCGGUAGUGGCGUGGGCCUAAAUGGCUGCGUACAGGGUACACAACAGAAUUGCGCAACUAUGCCAUGUCAGAAUGGCGGCACUUGCGUCGAUUCAGGCGACACCUUCAUCUGCCUCUGCCCGAUGGGCUACCGCAGUCCAACGUGUGCACCCGUCGCGAAUCCUUGCACACCGAAUCCCUGCCACAACAAUGGCCGCUGUCGUGCAACUGGUGGCACACAAUUCACAUGCCAAUGUCCGGCUGGUUUCAAUGGUCGCCUGUGCGAUAAUCGCUUUAGCCGUUGCGGCGGCAUACUCUCAGGUCUGACUGGACAUCUGAAAUAUCCAGAAGGUUCACUUUAUGAUCACAUGGCACAAUGCGCCUGGGUUAUACGCACUAAUGAGUCUUUGGUGCUGAAUGUCACCUUCAACGCCUUCGAAUUGGAAGAUGCAACUGAAUGCCGCUUCGAUUGGUUGCAAAUUAACGAUGGUCGAAGCGCGGCGGCACAAAUCAUUGGCCGCUUUUGUGGUGUACACAAGCCGAGGGGUGGUAACAUUAUAUCUAGCAGCAGUGAAUUGUAUUUGUGGUUCAGGUCUGAUAAUUCGACAGCAAAGGCGGGUUUCGAAUUGGAGUGGAAUUCUGUACCACCGCAAUGUGGUGGUAUUGUAGAAGUUGGAUCGCAUGGUACACUCACAUCACCCGGCUCACCGGGCAACUAUCCGAAGAAUCGCGAUUGCCGCUGGCAGUUGAGAGCGCCAAAUAACAAACGUAUUAAGUUGACUUUCUUCAGUUUGCAAAUCGAGAAGCACGAAAGCUGUAAUUUCGAUUACUUGGAGAUCAUCGAUGCAAUUGCUGAUUCGACAAUAGUAAAAUAUUGCAAUUCAUCCUCACCGUCUCCACUGAUGCUGCCCACCAAUGAAGCAAUCAUACACUUUCACUCGGACAAUAUCGAAACAGAUGCCGGUUUUCAAAUAUACUAUUCCACAGAAGAACGAGUGCCUGGAUGUGGCGGUACUUAUACAGCUAAACAGGAUACCAUUGCAUCACCAAGUCUACAAGGAGACGCUCUCUCUUGUGAAUAUGACAUAAAAAUGGCAAUCGGUGAAUCGAUUAAAAUUGUAUUUACUAAAUUCGAAAUGAGUACAGACGAUUGUUUGGAGUUCUUCGACGUGCAUCCGAGCACACGCGAACUUAUGCUACAGGGAAAAUACUGUGGUGGUUAUGGUUCGGUACCGCCAGUCAUAUUACAUUCUUUAUACAAUGCACUACGCAUUAAGUAUUUUGCACGGGCGGGUAAAUUCGAAUUUAAAUAUGAAGCUGAUUGCUCCUACAAUUUCGAGAGCAGCAAUGACGAAGUGCUUUCACCAGCCUACCCGAAAUUAGAAAAUAUAGAUCGUUUUUGCAAUUUUAAAAUAACAACUGAACCAAACACAGUUAUUUCGAUUAAAUUUAUCGAUUUCGAUCUUCACGAUAGUAGCAUAGAUUCAUUAGAUUGCGCGUUUAGUUCGUUGCGGAUAAAUGAUGGUCUUAAUCAAAAUAUCACUGGUCCUUUCUGCGGAAAUAAUACACCACCUGUGGAGUUUGUUUCGAAAACAAAUAUGCUGAUUUUUACUUACCACACCUCUCUUACCAGCUCAGGAAGAGGUUUCAAAUUAGAGUAUCGUUCCAUACCGAUGGGUAAAACCGAUUGUGGUGGUGUUUUUACUAAACCGGGCUAUAAGAUACGUUUACCCACUGGUGAAGAUGAUAUGUACCUGAACAACCUGGAGUGUUAUUGGGUCAUAAUGGCGCCCGAAGGCAAAGGUAUUAUGAUCAAUUGGGAAUCGUUCAGUAUGGAGCAGACAAUGGACUGUAUGUACGAUUACGUGGAAAUCUUUGAUACUUUGGGACGUGAUGAGAGUGAUCGACCGUUGGGCAGAUACUGCGACACACCGCCUUCUUUCUCCAGCCACUCUCGUCUUUUAACACUCAAAUUCGUAUCGGAUAGCUCCGAAUCGGCUGGUGGCUUCGAGGCCAGCUAUGAGUUCAUAGACAUUAGCAAGCAGUGCGGUGGCGAAAUAUUCUCCACUACUGGGCGCAUAUUUUCUCCCGACUAUCCAGCGAAUUACACAAAUGGCAUUGAUUGUAUUUGGGUAAUUAAUACUCCCGAGAAUACACAAGUCAAAUUAGACAUCGAUAUGUUUGAGUUGCAAGCGAGCGAAAACUGCGACAGCGAUUGGCUGGAAAUACGCAAUGGCGGCUCGGUGCAAUCACCAUUAAUUAAUAAAUAUUGUGGCACUUUGAUACCGCGACAAAUACCAUCAUUUACCCAUCAGUUGCGGUUGCACUUCCACAGUGAUAGUUUCCUCAGUGCACGUGGUUUCCAAAUACACUGGUUUGUCUUCUCGAACGGCUGCGGUGGCAAUCUGAAAUCGGAUGCCGGUGUUAUAGCUUCACCGCGCUAUCCAAAUCCAUAUCCGCACAAUGCUGAAUGUGACUGGCAUAUUCAGGUGCCAAAAGGCUCUUCCAUACAUUUCAGCAUUGACGAUUUGGAAAUCGAAGAAUUGUUCGAAUGUCAUUACGAUUACUUGGAAAUCUACAAUGGUCGCAGCACUUCACAUCCGCUGCUGGCGAAAUUGUGUCAGCUGGAACGAGAAGAACCCAAACAACUUUUCACCACGAGCAAUGAGGCAUUGCUGCGUUUCCGCACCGAUAGCAGUCAGCGCGAGCGUGGCUUUUUACUGUCAUACUAUUCGAAUUGCACACGAACUAUCACCGAAAUUAGUGGUGUGAUCGAAAGUCCGAAUUUUGGCAAUCCUUACUUCAAUGAUCCCAUAAAUUGUUCAUGGACGAUUCAAGCGCCAAAGGGUAAUCUCAUCGUAUUACAAUUUUCACAUUAUGAAAAACGAGAUGGUGGUCGAGAUGUUGUAUUCAAAGAGCCCGGCAAGAAUGAAACACUCGUACAUCUACUAUCGCCAAAUGACAACUUCACCACAACUGGAAACACACUGAUGGUUAUACAGAACAGCAGUUGGGUGAAUUUCCGCUUGGAAUAUGUAAUGUUCGGUUGCGUACAGGUGUUCCAUCGUGAAACGGGUGAAUUCCAAUCGCCCAACCAUCCGCUGCCUUAUCCCAACGAUAUUGAGUGUAUGUGGGAGAUCAAAACAACGCCGGGUCAAGGUGUUGAAUUGACCGUGACGGAACUGGAUAUUGAGGAGACAGUAAACUGUACCAAUGAUGCACUAGUGAUAUCUAGUCACUCUGAGAGCAACAAUUACAAAGAACGCCAUUGUGGCAAACAAGAUAAAUUGGUUAUUACUAGUUCGAGCCAUCAGCUGUUCGUUCGGUUUAUAAGUAAUAAGGAGCAUAACGGAAAAGGAUUCCAGGCAUCGUACAAGAUAUUGAAGUCGCAAUGUGGUGGUGUACUGAGUAGUAAAAAUGGUGUCAUCACAUCACCUAAUUACCCACUCAAUUAUCCGCCGGAAGCAAGUUGCGAAUGGACUAUCGAAGUGACACCGUAUCAUUCAAUCACACUUACCUUAGAAGAAAUUGAAAUGGAAAACUAUUAUUCGUGUGAAAUGGACUAUGUAGAGGCAUACGAGGAUGGCAACAGUGAUGGUGAUACGGCUAUAGAGGAGGGCAAGCUACUGUUCAAAGAGUGUGGUUUGGCAGAUUCAACGCAAACUGAGUGGGUUACCACUACCAAUAGGGCGGUGGUGCGUUUUGAGAGUGACGAUAGUAUACAAUCGAAGGGUUUCAAAUUGAGCUACAAGGAGAAUUGUGGACAACGCAUUGAAAUUGGCGAUGAUGACGUGGGUUAUAUCGGUAUAAGUCGCAAUGUGGUAACGAAUGAAACUUGCGAAUGGCAUUUAAUAGCAAAAGAUCUAACCAAACAUGUACAAUUCACACCUACGCACGUACAGCUCAGUCCACUGGUAGCAAUGUCGGCAUUGACGGAGGAGGACUGUAUGGAUCAGGGCGUAAAGGUAUUUGAUGGUAUGGAUGACACUGCACCCCUGCGCGCCAAGUUCUGCAAAACACAUCCACCAGAUAUUAUUUCGAAUGGACAUGCACUCACCAUCAGAAUGCCACUGAAUGUUACGACCGAAAUUGAAGGAUACUAUCUAUUGGUGGAUAGUUGGUGUGGCGGUUAUUACUCAUCGAUGAGUGGCAAAUUCGCCACACCCUAUUAUCCCUCCUCAUAUCCAGUGAAUAUCAAUUGCGAAUGGUUUAUUGUGGCCAGUGAAGGCAACUCGCUUAUAUUCACAAUUGAAUCAUUCGAUUUGGAGGAAUCGGAGGGUUGCAACAAAGACUAUCUGGAAGUGCGUGACACAAAAGAGAGUGGUCCUUUAUUAGGUCUGUUCUGUGGUACAAAUAUUCCACCACCCAUAACGGGCGUUCAAUCAAUAUGGGUGAAAUUCGGCAGCGAUGAUGAUGGCGUGGCUAAUGGUUUUGUGGUGUCCUAUAAUUAUGCUACACACAAUGAAAUCAAUGGCACAAAUGGUACAAUUGAGUCACCGCAUUAUCCCACCAAGUUCCAUGUAGAUGAACCGUACACUUGGCGUAUUACAGUCGACAAGGAGUACGUGCUGGUGGUGGUCAUAAAACAUGUUAUCGAUGUGGAUAUACCAUUUAUAAAGUUCUACGACGGUUAUUCGGAUAUUGGACUUCAAAUCGAUUACUCGAAUAAAAAUUAUGUCCAUUCCAGCACAAAUAUACUCUACAUAAAGGCUUCGCGUGGUCCCUUCCAGUUGGAAUGGUCCACACUUUCAAAGGAAGAAUUGCGAAAUAAUCAAACUUUAGAAGAAAAUGCUGCAAUUUGUGGCAAAAAUCUCUACACCAUAAAUACCGGUGUUUUGGUUUUUAUCAAUUCGCCUGGUUAUCCUAACGGCUAUGCCAGCUCGCUUAAUUGCAGUUGGGUGCUAAUGGCAACAAAACCUGCCACACAUGUUACCCUCCAAAUGACUACGGUCGACUUGGAAGAAAUGGUCGAUUGCCCUGUAGAUUACGUUACAGUGUCUGCCAGCAGUGAUCUACAGAAUUGGCAGCAGCUGGAUCGGUUGUGUAAGAAACCCGAAAAUGUGCAAAAGGUCUACCAUGGCACACCGUAUCUCAAACUGAACUUUGUCACCGAUUUUAGCGUGAAUAAAACAGGUUUCUCCGGGCAAGCGAGAACUGUCUGCGGCUCCGAGAUGACGGCUACACAAGGUUUAGUUAAUAUAACGGAGUUAGUGUCUGGUAUUGGUAAUUUCCAAGUGGAUUGCGUCUGGAAAAUACACGUUCGCCAAAGUCGUCGUAUACGCAUACGUUUCAUGGAUUCUUAUCUGGCACCGGAAAAUCAAGCGAAUAUUUGUCGUGCCUACUUUUUGGUACGCAAUGGCUUAGCAGAGGAUUCGCCCUUCCUCGGCAAGGGCAAGUAUUGUGAUAACAAUAUAACCGAUGUGCUGGAGACCACUUCGAAUCGGGCAUUCGUAAAAUUCUCGCGUUCCGCUUUUCCACGCUUCCGAGCUGCUUUCUAUUACGAAGAGAUAAGCCAUGAGUGCUCUGAUGUGUUGCUUCUAACUGAGGGUACACUUUCGGAACGAGAAAAAAUUAUUAAUUCCCCCUCUUAUCCCAAUAUUCCCAAUCCACAUUCGGAGUGCAUUUGGCGUGUGGAGGCACCAGCGCAUCAUAUAAUCGCUGUCGAAUUCAGAGAUGAGUUCGAUUUGGCAACAUCGGAUAGUACUUCGGGCGCUUGCGAUCGCGAAUAUGUGCAGCUAAAUGACGGUGCAACCGAACUAAUGCCCGUGAUCGGUAUCUUCUGUGGCAAAAAGAAGCCAAACAUGCAGUAUACGACUGGUAAUGUUUUACGCGUAAAAUAUUUCACCGAUAUCUCAGAGCCACACGUAGGCUUCAAAGCAUUGGUUUCGAUCGGACGCUGCGGUGGUUCUUACUACGAAAAUCAGGGUGAAAUUUACUCACCGGAUGCAUCGGUAAUAAAUGAUGCACGCGAUUUCGAGUGCAUAUACACAAUCGAAGUGGAUGGCGGAAGUACGAUCAAAAUUAUUGUAGAAACUAUGGAGCUGCCGGACACAGAGGAUUGUUCUAAAGGCAGCCACUUGGAACUACAGGAGAUCGUCACAUACGAGGGCAAAGAUAAUGUUACAGAUUCGCUACGUAUAUGCGGCAGUCGCAAAGAUAAAGCUUACAUCGUCGAGACAAAUAAGCUGAUUGUGCGUUAUCGCAUAGAAAAUUCCAAUCCCGCGGCGCACUCCUUCAAACUCACAUAUUCCGCUAUCGGCACCCGUUGCGGCGAGACCAUCACAGCAAAUCGUGGCACACUAUACACGCCGGGAUAUCCACAAGGCGUCAAUAGGCCGACACAUUGCGUUUGGUACAUACGUGUACCGAAAGGUAAGCGCAUCAAAGUCGAGAUACUUGAUUUCGACACUGGCGCAGCGUUGAAUGCAACCAACUCAUUUGGGCAUGUGAGCUCUUUCCGUGGGCGCCUUAGCUUUGCUAAUGAUUUUGAGAUGCAAUCGAUUAUUGCGCGUAUAUCUAGAAAUCCACCCGCGGCGGUCUACUCCACGGACAACACAAUGGGCAUUGAUGCAUUUUUGCUUUCAUUCAGUCAACAUCGCGGCUUCCGAUUGCGUUUCACUUCGGAUGAGGACUCGCAGGUGUGCCGCCAUAAUCUCAAUCUGGAUAAUGGUGAAGGAGUUGUGCGCUUCAGGCGCCAAAAUGAUACCGACAUCUACUGCAAUUACGCGCUCAAAAUGCAAGACAACGAAACAUUAUCGUUGCAAGUGGAACGAUUUGAACGAAACUUAACAUUUUCGCUAUAUUCUUCGCUUUGCAGCUACGUAUCGCCUCUCAAAUUGGAAUUGAACUCGCAACAAAUCGCGUCGGAUCUCUUGUGUAAAAACGAAACCCGUCCCAUCGUAAGACUUCCGUAUCCGGUAACCAUGAAAUUGCUCGGCAACAGACGUAACAAACUCAUCAACUUAGAUUUGAGGUACAAAGUUUACAAAUGCGGCGGCAUACAUUCCAUUUACACUGAUCUCAAUAUAACGCAACCGCAAAUGGGCAAUCACACCGGCGAAUUGGAGUGCGCGUGGGCAGUGUGGCCCGAUCAUGAGUUCAGCGUGGAUGACACGGAAGAUCUUGAUUUCUGGGCAGCAGGCACUCAAAUCGAAGUAUCGUUGUCCACGGAUUUCAAGGGCUCCUGCGAAGAUCAAUAUCUAAUUGUAUACGGCGGGCCCAAUCAGAAUUUUCCACACUUGGGACGCUUUUGCACACAAUCAUCCAUGGACAAUAUGGUUGUGGAGCGUGGCGUGUUUGUUGAGUACUACGCACGCAACUAUGAAGCGCAGUCCAAGUUUAAUUUGUCGCUGAAACAGGGCAGCGGUUGCGGUGGCAAACUCACCUAUCCAUAUCGACCAAUAACGUUUAGUGACCAAUACAAGAAUAAUAUUGAAUGCGUGUGGGAUUUGGCAACAGAAACUGGCUUUCAUAUCGGGCUUUAUUUCACCGACCGUUUCUUCAUUGAGUCGAGCAAGGAUUGUACGAAAGAUUAUUUGUUGGUGCAGCAGAAAACGCUGAACGGUACUUGGGAAGAGCUGGGCAGAUAUUGUGGACGUGAACCGCCAAAAUCGGUAAAUAGUACAACUACCCAGAUGCGCUUAAUUUUCCGCACAGAUGCCGAGACGUUGGGUGAUGGCUUCACAGCGAAUUUCGAACGCAAUUGUGGUGGUAUACUCUAUGCAACGCGUGAGUUGCAACAUCAGACCAGUCCGGGCUACCCAUGGCGAUACGAGAACAAUCUGGUGUGCAAUUACACUAUCGUGCAGAAGGAGAAAACUAAGACCGGCAUACUGCUGCAGUUCUUGGACUUCGAGGUGGAAGAGCCGCCAAUUACGCGUUGUCUCUUCGAUAACGUUACCGUGGAAACGUACAUCGAAGACUCGCCACCGGUAGAAACGAUACUUUGUGGUACUAAACGUUCGCACGAGUUUCGUGGUGAUAAAAUAACGGUGGUUUUGCGCACCGAUCACUCAUUUUCCUCCAGGGGUUUCAAGUUUGCUUACAGCACCAACGUUUGUGGCUACACCAUACACAACGCGACUGUGAUAGAGACACCGCGCCAAUAUAGCGAUGGCAGUAUGCCACCAAACAGUGAUUGCAAUUGGAAUCUAACUGCGCCCAGUGAUUAUAAGAUACUCAUCAAAUUUGAAUAUUUCGACUAUGAGAGCGAUUCAACAUGUGACUUUGACGGUGUCGAAGUUUACAAGUCCUUAUUCCCAGUCGAGGAUCAGCGUAUUGCGAAAUUCUGCGGUAACCUUACCGGCCUCAUACCACCACUGCAUAUUGCCGGAAAUCGCGCACUGAUACACAGCUACUCAGAUCGCAGCAUCGGUUCGAUGGGCUUUAAAGCGGUCAUCAACUUCCUGCCGAAUUGCGAUGAAAAAAUCUACCUAGGAGCCGAUAAUUCUACAUACGAUUUCACAAAAUAUGCGAACGGCUAUACGCAUAACUUGGAUUGUGCAUACGUUUUCACAACCACGCAUGGACGACAGCUAUUUGCGGACUUCAAUAGUUUCCAUGUUGAGGAUAGCGAAAAGUGUCAGGAUGAUUUCUUAGAAGUGCGUGAUGGCGGCGGUCCCUUCGCAGACUUGAUUGGCACAUUUUGUGGGCAUGUAGUGCCGCCGCGCAUGAUGUCCUCACAGAAUGCAUUAUUUAUGCGCUUCGUGAGUGACUCGGCGGUGGCGAGUACGGGCUUUAGUGCAAAAAUUACAGUUUCACCUAAAAUAUGUGGGGAUAUGGAAGUGGAGGUUAAGAGCAAAGAGAAAUUUGUUUUAAAUUCGCCGAACGCACCAGACCAACUUUAUGGCAAACAUAUGAACUGCUUGUGGCGGCUGAAAAGCACGAAAACAAUACAUUUGAAAUUCGAGCGCUUCGAUUUGGAAGGCACCAACACCACAGGCAAAUGUGCUGGGGAUACGCUAAAAAUUUACAAUAAAGAGGAUGCCGGUGAAAUCGAGAAGGGUUACGGCACUGAGAUAAUUUUCAAUGGCCAAAUGGGUAGCACCGAUUGGAGUAACUACGCAACCGAUUACGUUUAUUGUGGCAAUCACGUACCAGAUGAUUACUUCUCUACUGGAAAUACCAUUAUUAUCAAAUUUCAGACUGAUGAUGAAAUUGAAAAAACAGGCUUCAGCAUAAGCGCUUUUGCUGUUGAAGGCUGCUUCCGUAAUUACACCGGCACACAAGGACGCAUACAAAUCUCCGAUACUACUGAUGAAUGUGAUGUCUACAUAGAAGCGCCACAAAACUAUUCACUCAGCCUUUACUAUGCGGAUGUUACAUUUGCUGAAUACGAGUGCACAAAGGAAUAUAUUGAAGUUUUUAACGCUAACACGAAUAGUUCAUUGCAAAAGAUUUGCUCGUACACUGGCAAUGAUAAGGCGCUCUUCUCCAGCGCGAAUAAAUUACGUUUGCAUGUGAAAAUGAGCGGCUACUAUACAAAAUUCGAUAUUACUUAUUUGGCUAGCCGUGAUGGCCCUGGUUGUGGUGGUAAUCUAUACAAUAAUCGUGGCACAAUCGUUAAUCCAUUCUAUCCGAAUAAUGUGCGAAAUAAUUCCAAUUGUCUUUGGAAUAUUCGCGUACCAUCGAAUUUGCAUGUGUUGCUGCAUUUUGAAGUUUUCGAUCUUGGCACUAAAAACACUUGCCAUUCAGAUUAUUUGGAGAUUAUCGAGUCCGACGACGAAGGUCCAGACAGAGUUGUUCGACGUUUUUGUGGCGAGGACAAUCCCAAAAUGUACAAAAGCGAACACAGUUCACUUUCAAUACGUUUCCAUAAAACGCUGAACUAUGAUGGCACUGGCUGGGUUAUAAACUUCCAAGGUGUUUACUCGAAUUAUAAGAUUCCUGAAUUCCUGCAAUAACAAUAAGAGUAUUUUGUUUAAUAUGCUUUUUAUUAAUUAGUGUU